CUUGCUGAGGACGUAGCAUACGAGCGGAAACCAGAAGGAAUCUCUGCACGCCAUAUUGGGACGAUCGAAUUUGCUGACCGCUAUCAUUCUUGACUAAAAUUCAAAUGGCGACGGUACUUCCACCACCAAGCAAACGGCAACGGACCGAUGCCGCAGACCGAGCCAGACAGCAACAAGACAUUGAAGAAGUUCCUAGUGAUGCUGGCAGCUUGCGCAUACAAUUCUAUGACGAGACCACUGGCUUGCCAAUUGGACAAGGCCCUGUCUUGGUUCCAGUCGCAGAUGCGACGCCCAAGAAUCUUGAGCUCCUCUUGAACACUUUACAGGGACAUGACUCGUCAGACUCGAUACCGUAUCGAUUCACUCUUCCUGUGCAAGAUAAGAAGACUUCCGAAGAUAUCACAACAGCGUACCCAACAAAUAUAUGGAAGACCCUCAUUAGUCCAGGCCUGAUUAGCACAGAAGAGAUCCAGAAUAUAUCUGCUGCGCCGCAAGCAGUUUUCAGAGUUCAGACUGUCUCCAGAUGUGCUUCGACAAUACCCGGUCAUGGAGAGGCAAUCCUGGCAGCUCAAUUUUCACCAAGAUCCUCGUCAAGAAUGGUCACCGGAAGUGGAGAUAGUACCGCAAGAAUAUGGGAUUGUGAUACAGGAACUCCCGUACAUACGCUGAAGGGACAUGAUAGUUGGGUCUUGGCAGUAAGUUGGUCGCCAGAUGAAUCGAGGAUAGCCACGGGGAGUAAUGAUAAAACCGUUCGAAUGUGGGACCCCAAGACUGGCAAACAGCUUGGCAAUCCCAUGAAAGGACAUUCAAAAUGGAUCAUGAGUCUUGCGUGGGAGCCAUAUCAUAUGCAAAAGCCUGGGCAGCCACGAUUAGCAUCAUCCUCGAAAGACGCCACUGUUAGAGUAUGGUCUGCCAACCAGCAGACCAUCGAAAUGGUGUUGAGCGGCCACAAGGACUGUGUAUCAUGCGUCAAGUGGGGAGGGACCGGCUUCAUAUAUACUGCAUCUCAUGACAAGACCGUAAAGGUGUGGAAUGCAAAAGAUGGCACGCUUGCACAAACCCUCAAUGCUCAUGCGCACUGGGUAAAUCAUCUAGCACUUUCGACGGAUUUCGUCAUUCGGACUGGAUUUCACGAUCACACUGGAAAGGUACCGGAAUCAGAUGAAGCUAAGCUGGCUAAAGCAAAAGAGAGGUUCACCAAGGCGGCCACGAUACAAGGCGAGGUAGUCGAGAGAUUGGUAUCUGCUAGUGAUGAUUUCACCAUGUAUCUAUGGGAGCCUCUGAAGGGCACGAAACCCGUAGCACGAAUGCUAGGACAUCAGAAGCAAGUGAACCAUGUCACAUUUUCACCAGAUACUCUGUUGAUCGCAUCUGCUUCCUUCGACAACCACACCAAGAUCUGGAAUGCUAGAGAUGGCAAGUUCAUAAACACUUUGCGUGGUCAUGUAGCGCCUGUGUAUCAAUGUGGUUUCAGUCCAGACUCGAGGCUGCUGGUCACAGGAAGUAAGGAUACCACUCUGAAAGUUUGGGACAUGAGGACGCACAAAUUAUCUGCUGAUCUCCCAGGCCAUUUAGAUGAGGUCUUUGCGGUAGAUUGGAGUCCAGAUGGGCAGAAAGUUGGAAGUGGUGGGAAGGACAAGGCGGUGCGCGUAUGGAGACAUUAGAAAAUAGACACAGAAAAAAGAAUGAGUAUAUGCAUAGAACAAUGUCCUUAGUCGGGGUGGU